AUGAUAUCAAUGUUAACAACAAUAUUAAGUUUAUAUAUUAGUAAAAAUAAUAUAAUAACUUUAUUAAUUGGUAUAGAAAUAUUAUUAUUAACAGUAACAUUAAAAAUAAUAUAUGUAGGAGGUAUAUAUGAUGAUGUACAAAGUACAUUAUAUAGUUUAUAUAUAAUAAUAUUAGCAGGUGCAGAAUCAGCUAUAGGAUUAAGUAUAUUAGUAUCAUAUUAUAGAUUAAGAGGGAAUGUAACUAAUAUAUUAUAA